GUAGUGCAGUUUCUUGUGAGCUAGGUAUGCUUGUUGUCCAUCCUGCACGUUUCUGUGACGCCUGCCUUGAUCUCUAUUCUAUCUCCUCAGGAAUUACUCAUUCUCCACAUGCAAUCGUCUGUGGUCACAUAUUUUGUCUUGAGUGCGUUGCUACUACUCCAGCCAGCUUGCGCCCUGCAGUUGUGUCCGUCCUCUCAUAUGCGACACUUCAAUCCUAGGUGUCUUCGCUCCUUAUCCAUAACGGCAUGUCCCCCCUGUCGCCAGCUAGAUCGUGUCAAAAAACUCUACCUCGAAAAUCCACCCAAACAAGACAAUGCUGAACAGUAUACUAUCGACGCUCGUUAUGCUAGACUCCUUCGGUGCGUGUCUCUAGUCUCAGACGAAGAUACGCACUCGUUUUCCAUUGCUCACUUCGACAUUCAUGAUCGUAGUAUCCCCUGGUUACCACAUAUUUUCUUUGCUCUUCCAAAGUUCUAACUAUGCUGCCACCAAUCUUGCCCAAUCCGUUAUAGCGUCUAUCUUCGACCAAUCCUGCUCGAAAAUUUCUCCGCUAUCCCUGAAUUUAGCGUUGGCGCACUC